AUGGGACGCAAGAACAAAACUAAACUAAAGAAGAACAAUGGCGUAGAGAUUUUGUCUCCUGCUCAUCAAGCAACGAUGAAAAUAUUCGAGGAGGAAAAGAUUGAAAUGCUUUCCAAACUGCGAAGAGCUAAGAUUGAAUACUACGAAAACACUGCUCAAUUGACAAGCCAAUUGGAGACACGUUGCCAUGAAUUGACCAUUGCUAAACGUGUGAUCAACCAACUCAAAGGCAUGGUCGGACUGGACGACAAGGCUCUUGCAGAAAUGGGAGCUCACGAGCUCUCUGAAAGCAAAGAGAACGUUCCUGAUUCCUGUAAAGUAUUUGCGGAUGAAAAUUUGCAAUUACGUGCUCAAUUAGACGAACUUCGACAUAUUUAUGACCUUCUAAACUCCGAGAAAGAAAUGCUUAUUGCCGAAAUCGAAAAGAUUCGAAAAUUGGAUUCUGAGCAACCAGAUGAACAAUCUCAUCAACUUCUUGCCAAAACUAAGGAAGAUCUUUCCCGUGCUAGAGAGGAAUUUUCCAAAAUUGAAAUGAAGUUGAACGAGACGACAAAGCUGCUCGAAGACACGACAACUAAGUACAACAAUGAAAUUGAAUCUGUUCAAGAAGAACUUCGCUACCGCCAAGCUGAAAAGCUUGAACUUGCUAGCGAGCUUGAAAAAACGCGUGAAAUGUUUGUCGUAUUGACGAGAGAACGAGAACUGGAGCGUGCUGAGCUUGAAAAAAGCAAGGAUCGUGAGGCGAAGCUUGAGUCAACCGAAGGAAAACUUAACGAACAGGCCGCUACUAUUGAGCAACUUCGCAAAGCCAGUGAAGAACUGGAAAACUUCAGGGAAAAUCAUAUGAAGGAUGUUGAUCAACUCAGGCUUAAAUGUGAAGAUCAACAGAAACAAGUCGAACUGUUGCAACAACAGCUUCUUGAAGCAAAUCAGAGUAUCUCGCUGUUAUCCAAGGAAAAAGAUGAAAUCUUCGAAGGUUUCAAGACGAAAGAGGCAGAAUUUGCGAAGAUCAGUGAAGAAGUAGCUCUUUUAAGAAGCGUCAAAGAAGUCUCAAAAAGGGCUAACACCGAACGAGCUGAAGAGAUUUCAAAACUCAAAAAUGAGCUUGAGAAAAAAAUUCAGGAAAUCGAGUUGUUGAAGAUCGAUUCCGAGAAAGUUUCUCAAUUGCAAUUUGAUAACAACGCAAAAUCUAUCGAAAUAACUGAUUUGACUGUUCAGCUUCAAUCGACGAUAGCGGAGAAGCAAACAUUCGAACAAGAAUUGGGUGAUCAGCGAAGAAGUUUGGUGGAAAGCAAGCAAGAAACAUGCAAAGCAAAAGAGGAGCUGAGAUGUCUCGAAGAAAAAUUCAUCGCUUUUAAAAACUCUGAAUCAGAACAUGCUGAGAUGAUGGAAACUUUGAAAAAACAAUUAGAGGAAGCCGUCGCAUCUGAGACGUCUUCUAAAAAUUUGCUGACAAAAUUAGAAGAGGAUCUCCAGAAGUCAAAGGAUCUCUCCAAACAUCUUGAAGCUACGAAGAAAGAUUUGAGCAAAUCGCGUCGUCAAAUUGACAAGUUCAAGCAAGAAGCUAGAAAAGCUAAAAACGAAAUUGAAACUAUCAGAAAGAAGUCAAAUGAGGAAGUUGAUGCCAUCAGAAAGAGAGCCAACGAUGAAGUUAUUGAAAUUAAGAAGUCAAUUGAAUAUGAAGCGAAACAACACGAUCAAAUUGCCGCGGAGUUGGAAAAAGCUAAGACUGAUAUCGAGAGUUCGAACAGAGAAAUUGAUCAGCUGCAAACUCAAAUCCAAAAAUCCAAACUGGAUACUGAGAAGAUUCGUUUCGAACUCGAAGUUACCCAAAAGUCAUUGGAAGAAAAGUCCCAGCAACACGCUCAAGUUUCUACGGAUCUGAAACAAUUACAUCUGGAUCUGGAAGCUUCUCGUAAAAAUUUCAAUGAUGUGAAAGCAGAAUUAGAUCAGUCUAAAGAAAACGUGGAGAAGAUUCGUACCGAAAUGCAAAAUUCACAGAAAGCCCUGAAGCAAGAAAUUGAGGAACGUCAGCAAGCAGUUGCAACCUUGGAAUAUGCGAAAUCCGAACUCCAAAAGUCGCUCAUGGAGAUCGGCGAGCUGAAGGAACAAUUAAAGACGUCCGAUGAAUCAUUGGAAGGCAUGCGGAAACAGCUUGAAGAAUCGAAGUCAUCUACUAACGAGCUGUCACAAUUGAAAGAUGAACGCAAUCAGAACGCUGUACGCAUCGAUCAAUUGACGGCGGAUUUGGAAACUGCUAAAGCGGAAUUAGCCAAAGCUUUGGCAGAAGUUCAUGAACUGAAAGUUGAAGCUGAUAAGGCAAGAGAAGAUGUCGUCCAUGUGAAAAAUACUGAUCAACAGCAUCAAGAAGAAGUUCAGCAGUAUGAGGAGGAGAUAAAAAAAUAUGUUCAUAUCGUUGAAGUUCUGCGCAAAAGCAUUUCUGACAUGAGAACCGAAAACGAACAUUUGAAGGAAGCAGAGAAGUUGAAGGUUGCAGAAGCCGAUGAACGAGUUAAACAGCUCACCCGUGAAAAUCUUCACUUCAAAGAGGAAAUACGCAAGUUUGGCGAAUUGCUUCAAAAGAAAGCCAUAGAACACCAUGAACUACAAAAUGAGUUUGAGGAGUUGAAAAUAAUUGCUCGAACUAGCUGUGAAAAAGCUGAAUCUCUCAUGAAAGUGGUGGAUGGUGACGCAAAGAAGAUUGAGACGAUGAUUGCUAGAAUCGCUCAACUGGAAGAAACUCGACGCAUUGCAGAAACUGAAACCAAGACUCUGAAGGAUUCACUAACUGAUCUCACAAAACAGCUUGAACAAAAGAAUCGCGAAGUUGUCAACAUGACAGCUGAAAGAGAACAAGCCGAAGAAAAACUUAAGCACCUUGAAGAUAUUGAAAAAGGACUUAAUUGUGCGAUGAAAACUGCAACGGACUUGAAAAAGGAAGUUGAGGUUUAUCAUGGAGCAGCUGAAAAGUACCGGAACGAAGUCGAACGGUUUAAGAAUGAAAUCGGUAAUAACAAGGAAACUCAGGACUUAAUUAAUCAGCUGACCACUGACAACGAAGAUAUCAAGAACAAACUCAAAAAUUUUGUCGUGAAGAUCAAUUCUCUUGGUCUAGCGGAGCCGUUUGAUUACUCUAACGUGCAAAGUCUCGAUUUUAAUACUCAAAUGAACAACACUAUAAAUCACAUUGAAAUGUACUGUCGCAAGAAAUGCGAGGAAACGGUUCAACAACUUGGGCUUGAGCACAAGAAUUUAAAGUGUGAUACUCUUCUUCAAGAAUUAGAAGUGGAGAGAUUGACAAAAACCGAAAUCAGUAUGAAGCAGUUGAAUAUAGAAAGUUCAGUUAAAGAAUUGAAUGCUGAGAAGGAGAAACUUGAGAAUGAUCUCAAAGAGAAGCAAGAAUCCCUCAAUAAUAUAAAGGUUGAACUGAUAUCUGCUCGCGAAGCAUUGAAGGUGCGUGACCAAAAUGUUCUGGAUUGUGAAAAUGAAGCCAGAAAGCUACGUUCCCAACUUGACAUGGUCAUAUUUGAGAAAGAACAAUUGGAGUUGUCCAAAGAAGAAAAAGACGCGACAGCGAGAGUUUUAGAACUUGAGCGUGAAAUUAUUGAGCUGAAGGCGUCCACACAGGAAAAAAUUGAUGCGCUCAUCGAGGAAACUCGUAUGUUCGAAGAACGAUUGGCUCUAUCCGAGGAUAAAGGAAAAACAUUGGUUUCUGAGAAGAUUAGAAUGGAGGAGACGGCUCGAGUUCAGUAUGCAGAGUGCGUUGAGAAUCUCAGAAUUGCGAAUGAGAAACUCGAACGUAUCGGCUCUGAGAGCAAGAGUAAACUUACUGAUCUUGGUUUCAACGAGGGUCAGUUGAAGAAGAUUGCUGAACUUGAGCAACAGUUAGCGGAUGCCGUUCGCCAGUCGGAAACCGAUUACGAAGAGCUCAAUAAUGCUUCUACUGCUGAAGAAAUGGAGAAGAAGUCUGUCUCAAUGGACAAAGACUCACCGAUUCGCGUUCAAGUGGAUCAUGCGGUUGCAGAAACAUCGGUAGUGGUAGACUCGAAUGUUGAUUUCAGUGAUUCUGACGUUAUCGAAGGGGACGCUACUCCAUUGGUUCCAGCGACCAAUCCAAAUCCAGAUCCUUUCGUUGCAAUCUCGCGCUACGUUCGCAGUUUGCGCCACAACACCAAGUUCGCCGUUUACCCGAUGAUACGCUAUGCUAUCGCGUUUUGGUUGGUUUUCCUCCAUAUCGUCGCAUUCUACUAUUUAAUUCUUUAA